AUGACGGCUCUGCGGCGGACCCACCGGCCGGAUAUCGCCGCAACCCACAACAACAUCGGAGACCUUCGACCCCAUAGCCAAGCUGCCCCUCCCCUAUUAGUCGUUAGCCAAAUCCUCCCCUGUGAAGCUACCGGCCGGAUAUCGCCAAAACCCACAGCAACAUCGGAAACCUUCGACCCCACAACCAAGGUGCUACUGUAUGGAUCAUUUCGAUACUACACUCACUAAAAAGAAUAUUAUUGCUGAACAACGUCACGCUAUAUAUGAAGCCUUAUUGCAAGCAAGUGUUUCUGGAGAGUUACAAAGGGGUGCCAUAAGUGAUAUAGCUUCACAAUUCUCGGUAUCGAACCGGACCGUUAGUCGCAUUUUGCAUAAGGCUAAAAUUUAAAUUGAUCAUGGACUACCGGUUGUUUUAUCUUCAAAUAUGGCGAAGGUUGUUGGACGAAAAAGGGUACAAGUUAAUUUUAAUCAAGUUUUAGAUAUUCCGUGUUGCGGGAACGUUGGAGACAAAGCCUAUUUUAUCCGUGACUAAAGAAGUAACAAGGUCAUGGUUGAUAGAAAAAGUUUUGCCGGAUAUUAGAGCUAAAUGGCCGCGAAGUCAUGUUGGUCCCAUAUUUAUCCAACAAGACAACACCAAGCCCCAUAUUGAUGUCAAUGAUAACAAGUUUCUUGAAGCGGCAGCUCAAGAUUGGUUUCAUAUCCGACUUAGUUUUCAGCCCCCCAAUAGUCCGGAUUUAAAUGUGUUAGACCUUGGAUUCUUCCGAGCAAUCCAAUCACUUCAAGAACAAGAGGCUUUAGGUAUAAUUGAUGAAUUCGUUCAUGCGGUUCAAACGUCUUUUGAAAAAAUGCAAUCUCAACAACUUAACAAUGUAUUUUUAACUCUACAAACGUGUAUGAGGGAAAUUAUAAAGGUUCAAAGCGGGAACAACUAUCAAAUACCGCAUAUUGGUAAGAAUAGGUUGGAACGAGAAGGUAACUUACCACUUCAAAUUGGAUGUGAUGAAAGUUUGAUAAAUGAGGCUUUAUUGCAUUUGGCUGCCUAAUUUUAGAAAAAGUAUUGUGAUCAAAACAGUAUGAAAAAAACAAUUUUGUAUUGGUACCUUUGAUGGUGUAUUGUAUUUUGUCUUAA